AUGGCAUCCGCUGAAAGUGUGGAAAUUAAACUAUUUUGGCUCGAGCAAUCACGUUCUCAGCGUAUACUUUGGCUUUUAGAGGAGCUCAAUCUACCAUAUGAACUUGAGAUAUUCCAUCGAGAUAAGAUAACCAGGCUAGCAGGGCCAGAACUCAAAAAAGUACAUGCUCUGGGCAAGUCUCCUGUAAUCUCUAUUAAAUCAUCAAGUUCGGAGCAGCCUUUGAUCAUAGCCGAGAGUGGAUUUAUAGUAGAAUAUCUAUUAGAUCAUUUUUCGAGAAACACCAAUCUAUCUCCAGUUCGAUACAGGGAAGGACAAGAAGGAAGGGUAGGCUGUGAGACAGAGGAAUGGAUAAGGUUCAGGUACUUUUUACAUUAUGCGGAGGGCAGUCUCAUGACCCUCAUGAUGCUUGGUGUUGUCACUCUUCAAAUAAAAAACGCGCCUGUUCCUUUCUUCCUAAAGCCCAUCACGCAUGUAAUAUCCAGCAAGGUCCAUUCUGGGUUUUUGGGACCAAAUUUUGAAACACAUUUUGGCUUCCUCGAGCAACAACUAAGUUCAGCCCCAAAUGGCGGUAAAUACCUGUGUGGGCCAAACCUGACCGGUGCCGAUAUUCUGAUGAGUUUCCCGCUCAUAGCUGCUAAGUCUAAAUCUUCUCUAACAGGUUUGACGGAGGCUAAGUAUCCCGUACUUAGCGCAUAUGUAGAUGAACUGGAGAAACAGCCCGGUUACAAAAAGGCGGUGGAAAAGAUAAUAGAAAUUGAAGGUAAAUUUGAGGCAAUCUUUUAG